UAGUCUGCGGAGGUAACCGUAAACGUCCGAGUUCGUCUGGCUGACUGCCGCGGUCUUUCGGCCUUAGCAAAACUGGCCGCUUAUUUCUCUCCAAGCUUCGAGCCUCCCGUUUUGGCCUAACUUCACUGGGUUACGGCCCCUAGUCGUGGGGCCUAGAGUCGCCACAGAAGAAUUUUAUUUUCUCAGACACGCAGUGACCGAAGUGUCUUCACAUCUCUCUUUUACGGGCUGACAAGUUAGGCUGAGGUCAGUCAAGCCACUUGAAGACUUCUAGAUAGUAAGUGAAUAAUGGCUCAUGAAGCAAUGGACUGUGAUCUUCAGGAUCAGUUAGGUGAUCCUACCGAACCACCUGCUCCUGCUGUAUUGGUCAGUAGUCAAGAGGCACCACCCCCGCUCCAGCCUGCCCUGCCAGAGUCUGUUGACUUGACUGCCGAAGUAGAGGGUGUGGAAAACAGCAGUCCAGGAACUUCAGAGGAGCAUAGGCACAUGUCUGAUGCUAACCACAGAAACCGAGUAUCUUCCUUGGCUUCUAUAACCAACUUCAUCACUGGGCUGCAGAGACUUCAUGGCAUGCUGGAAUCCCUGAGACCUCUUCCUUCAAAUUUGAACCACAGUGGAGGGCCAGUGAGAAUAAGGAGGAGAAGAGAAUCUGCAUUACAUAGAGCAAGAGGUGGAGCCUCUCAGAGAACAGGCAGUGCUAGGUCGAGAGCACCAUUGGAUGCUUACUUUCAAGUGAGCAGGACCCAGCCUCAAUUGCCAGCUGCCUCUUCUGAUUCAGAAACUAGAAAUCCCAGAUCUGAAGACUUGCAUGUAUCAGGUGGUUCUCAUUCUGACAGUGACAGCUCUAUAGAGAAUGAAGAGGUGGUUGGUCAGGCAGAAGAACCUGGAACUGUCAUUUCAGAAGAGCAAGAAAGAGUUACCACAGCAGAGGAAGAAGUGCCAUUUAUCAGUGAAGGAAAUACCCAGUCCAAACAGCAGUCUCCUCAGAAGUCUGCAUCUAUGGGUGAGGAGGAGGAGGAAGAUGAGGGGGACACUUGCACAAUAUGUUUGGAACAGUGGACCAAUGCUGGGGACCACAGGCUCUCAGCAUUACGUUGUGGGCACCUUUUUGGAUAUAGAUGCAUUUCUAAGUGGCUCAAAGGACAGGCACGAAAAUGCCCUCAGUGUAACAAGAAAGCUAAGCACAGUGACAUCGUUGUCCUUUAUGCCCGAACCUUGAAAGCUCUGGAUAACAGUGAAGAAGAGCGUAUAAGGAGUGACUUACUGAAGGAACAAACACUCAGGAAGAAGGCAGAGUUAGAAUCUGCACAGUGUCGCCUGCAACUUCAGGUCCUCACUGAUGAAUGCACUAAACUUCAUGAUCGUGUACAGGACUUGCAAAAACUUAUUGUAUGGCACCGGGACCAGAUUUUACGGCAACCUGGGUGCUCCCAAGGUAGUCCUCCAACAUGCCUGGCUUUCAGCCAGGGACAGCAUAAGUACCACUUUCAAAAGAACUUUACAGUGUCUCAGACAGGAAAUUGCCGAAUCAUGGCAUAUUCUGAUGCCCUGAGCUGCUUGGCGAUCUCACAGCCUUCUCCUCAGGCUGCCUUCCUUCCAGGCUUUGGUGUAAAGAUGUUAAGUACUGCCAAUAUGAAAAGCAGUCAGUACAUUCCAAUGCAUAGCAAACAGAUCCGUGGACUGGCCUUCAACCAGGAGUCCAGAGGUUUACUGCUCUCUGCUUCACUAGACAACACUAUUAAACUGACCAGCCUGGAGACAAAUACUGUGGUUCAGACUUACAAUACUGGACGCCCUGUAUGGAGUUGUUGCUGGUGUCUUGAUGAAAACAAUUACAUUUAUGCUGGACUGGCCAAUGGUUCAAUUCUGGUAUAUGAUCUUCGAAACACGGGCUUUCAUAUGCAGGAAUUAGUACCUCAGAAAGCCAGAUGCCCACUGGUAUCCCUGUCAUACAUGACCAGAGCUGCUUCAGCUGCAUUUCCUUAUGGUGGGGUACUUGCUGGAACCUUGGAGAAUGCUUCCUUCUGGGAACAGAAAUCUGAUUUUUCUCACUGGCCUCAUGUGCUACAAAUGGAACCAGGGGGCUAUGUAGACUUUCAGAUAGAGAACAGAACCCGACACUGUCUUGUAAGCUACAGACCUGAUAAAAUCCACAAGACCAUACGAAGUGUACUGAUGGAACUAUCCUACAAAGUGGGUGAUACUGGAGAGACACUCUGCUCCUGCCAACCUGUGCAGACAUUCCUUGGGGGACCCACCUGCAAACUAUUGACCAAAAAUGCUAUUUUCCAAAGCCCAGUGAAUGAUGGCAGCAUCUUGGUGUGUACUGGAGAUGAAGCAACAAAUUCUGCCCAGCUGUGGAGUGCUUGCAGUGGCUCAAUACUGCAGACCCUGAAGUGUGAUCAGCCUGUCUUGGACAUCUGCCCAUUUGAUGUGAAUCAUAACAGCUAUUUGGCUACUUUAACUGAGAAGACUGUCCAUAUCUAUAAAUGGGAGUGAUCAUGGUCAUGAGACUUUCAGACUCAUGGUUAAUGUUAAAUGUUGUUUAUAGCAUCUAGCAACCCUGAAAUCUCUGCUUAUUGCCUACAAACUAGAACUUGUAAGAUCAUAGUUCAUUUGGAUUAUUGUAAAUUUAGAACUUAAGGGCCACUAAGACACUGUGUUGUCUGUUGUGUGUAUGCAAUUGUGCAUCUGUUGUAUCCAUUUAAAGAGUAAGUGGUACUCUAUCUAUCUUCAUUUCUUGGGUUAAAAUAUUCAUGUAUCUUUGCUGGGAAUUUUUAUUUUCUAAGAUCUGAUGGACCUUGGUGAGUCUUCUCAGCAGUAGUUUGUGUAUGUGUAUCAAACAUUUUCUGGAGUAUAUGACCUCAGUUGUCUAUUGGCUUGGGAGAGCUACAUCCUAGAAAGUGAUUUGCUUGCACGCAGAGGUUUUCCUUCCAUCGAACACAAGAGGGCACUGUAGAACUCUGUAGGUUUGAUUUAUUACUGAGUUUACAGGCUGGUAACCAAUUGGUAACUUGGUCUUAUCCCCCACAGAAAUGUGUGUUGUAUAUUGUGUGCUUUGUAGUAACAAAGUCAUUUUACAGCCACCCAGUGCUAGGAUGUUGGCAAGUCCUGUGAUGAAUAAAGGUGACUGGUUGUCUAUAUAGAACCUGACUUAAUUAAUGGCCAGUUUGUUGCAUUAUUAUUGUUAAGGAGGACCAGUUGUUUGAGCAAUAGGGAAAUACUAUCUUCUACCUAGCUUAGGAUCUCAGGGUUUUAUCAAAGACAGUGAGUGCUUUAAUGACUAUUUCCUUCUUGCUGGGAAAAAAACGAAGUGGCAUGACAAAGCUUUUACUUGAGUCUUCCCUAAUACUAGACUAAGUUUUUCAGACUGUUGUGUAUAAUGAGGGGGAGGGCCUGUCUCAUUUUGAUAAAGUACCUAUCUUUUUUUUUUUUUUAAAUUUUAUUUUAUUGUAAAGCUACUAUACAGAGGGUUACAGUUA